GCAGGCGCGUAGGAUGUGACGCUCUGCUGACGUGUAUCUGGGGAAACUGAGGAAGUAGAUGGUGGCUCUUUGACACAUCCAGUGGGAAAAGACAGUGGCAUGUCCACUAGACACUGGGAUCACUGGAGAAAGAGACUGGAGCGCGUCCACAGACACAGACCAGAGUUCACAGAGCAGCAUGGGUAAACGGAGAGCGCCUGAGCUGUACAGAGCCCCCUUCCCUCUCUAUACUGUGAGAAUCGAGCCCAAGACCGGCCUGAUCAUCACAGCCGGAGGAGGAGGCGCGUCCAAGACCGGGAUCAAGAAUGGAAUGCAUUUCCUGAGUCUGGAACUGGUCGGCGGUGUGCACAGCGCCACCUUGCUGCACACUCAUGAAACGGACACGCGAGCCACCAUGUGCAUGUCUCUGGCUGGGGACGUGAUCGCCGCGGGACAGGACGCCAACUGCACCCUGAUGAGGUUCAGUCAGCAGGCGGCCAAACAGGCGAAGAAACCCGCAGCCAAAGAUGGGGCUGGGGAUAAAGGUGCAGCCAGGAAGAGAGGCAGGAAAGGCCAGAACGGAGAUGGAGGAGGAGACGUGGCGCAGAUGAAGGAGGAUUCUCCUCAGUUGGUGGUGGAGGAUGUUGGAGCAGUGCAGGCCGACCUCAGCCCGCAGGACCCCUGUGUGAAGUGUGUGCGCUUCAGCGGCGACCUCAAGCUUCUGCUGAGCGGCGGGGCCGACGGUUACGUCAGAGUGUGGGAGUUCCCCUCUUUGAAAGAGAAGUUCAGCUUCAGAGCUCACAAGGAUGAGCUGGAGGAUAUAGACAUCAGUCCUGAUAACAAGCACAUUGUUACAGUUGGCCGUGAUUUUGAGUGCAGCGUGUGGAGCGGCGAUCAGCUGGCCGUGGGUUUGUGUUGGCAUGAAAACAUGCCUCAGAUCACAGAGAAGAUGUACCGCUACAAGUCAUGCAGGUUUGCAAAGGUCGAGGACAAGAAAGAUACUUUAAGACUCUAUACAGUCCAAAUCCCCCACAAACGGGACCGCAAACCCCCUCCGUGCUACAUCACCAAAUGGGACGGAUGGGCUUUCCUGCCGCUGCUCACGAAGCCUUGUGGGAAUGAAGUUAUAUCUUGUCUUGCAGCGAGUGACUCUGGAACAUUUCUUGGUCUUGGAACGGUGACGGGAUCCGUGGCCGUCUAUAUAGCGUUUUCCCUGCAGAAAUUGUACUAUAUCCAGGAAACUCACGGCAUUGUCGUCACGGACCUGACGUUCCUUCCUGAUGCUCCUAAAAGUAAAGCCUUGAAGGGCAAUAAUGAAGUGGUCAUGUUGAGCGUAGCCGUCGACAGCCGCUGUCAGAUGCAUGCCGUGUCCAACCGGAGGUCAUUCCCGCUGUGGCUGGUGCUGUUCUUCUGCGGUCUGAUGGUGGUUGGAGUGAUUCUGCUCCUGCAGUCUCUCUUCCCAGGAUUCAUUUAGCGUAUAGUGUAUCCAUCACCUAAACGUGACAUUUUAUAUACUUAAAAAAUGAUGUGAAUCGAUGAAAUUGUUUGAAUCAAUUGGAAAUAAUAAUGGAAAUGGGAAUGACGGUGUUUGGCAUCAUGUUUUUAACUGAAGUAUCAGCUCUGGAGUGUGAAUUUGAGCUCUGAAUUCUUAUGAAUCAGAUCAGAUGAAGAAUUUGGGCAUGACCUGAAGACCCUGAACUGCUCUUUCUCCUCAUCGGUGAGAGAAAUGUUUCAGGAUCAAUGAAAAGCAGGUUGGAAACAGGACUGGAUUUCCUCAUAUGGACGGCGACUGCUCCACCAGCAUGAAAUGCCUUUUAAUGGAGCAAUAUAUAUAUAUAUGCAGGGAAUUUCAACAGUGGAUUCUUUUAAAUAUUUAAAACCAUGUAAAAAAAUAUAAAUAUACAUCUGAACAGCAUAUGCUGUUGCCA